AUGAUGCAAAAACUGACGGAGCUCAUAGAUGAUCUGAAGCAGAGAAUCGCUGCUUGGGGAAAGCGGAUUCGGCGAUAUACCGAGAGGUCGACUCGGUUCAACCAGAAUUGUCUCUUCCAGAGUGAUCAGAAGAGGUGCUAUGAACUAUUGGAGCGAUCAAUGGCAAGUGGAACGGGCCCAGCACCGAAUCAGACCGACACUGUAACAUUCUGGCGCGGCUUGUGGUCAAAGUCCGUAAACCACAGCGAGGGCUCUUGGACGGAAAUUGUAGCGAGUCAGUGUGCGAGUAUAACGCCCACGAACCCCGUCAGUAUAACGCCGGAUGACGUAGCUGAGGCGGUCCGUAGGGCCCCGAAUUGGAAAAGUCCGGGACUCGACGGGCUGCAUCAUUACUGA